CCUCUCCGGUCGAUUUCUCCGCCAUAUUUCGUUAAUCAACGGAUAUUUCCGUGAGGACAGUCUUAAAAUUUGUUAAGUUACACACUUCCGAAGAAUACGAUAAUAAUUCCAGCCUUUCAUUAUAAAUCUCGAAAUAUCCUUGUUAUAUUUCAUGCCAGGAUGUCAGCUUUGAACCAUAUCUUUAAGAUAUUUAUUUGGCGAUGACUGAAGCUGAUAUUGCCGGAGAUCUCCCGAAUGGUGACGAUUCUGCAUUCGUUGACGAGCAUCAGCAUGGUUCGGAGACUCCGCCAGAAACAUCAACAGUUACCGUGUCUUCCCCUGGCACUGCUCUAACAGCUGAUCAUGUAUUUGUUGCUACUUCACAAGGACUUAUAAGCGCACAGCAAUUUCAAGAAGCAUCAAAUGGCGGUAUUAAAACUACUCAUAUUGUAAUUCAUGACCAGACUCUUGAUCAAUUAGCAGAAGGGGGUGGUGGUUUAAAAACACCAACAACACCGCUGCCCCCGUCAACCCCAGCUACACCCCUAAGUAAGGAAGAUAAAGGAUUUCGGUAUCAGUGGGACGAUUCGGUCCACAAUGAGAUUCUUCCUGUCAGGUGUAAACACACAAACGGAGAACUCUACAAAUCUAAAUUUGGAUCUGGUACUCAUAUUUUUUGUCCUACUUUCACUUUAUCUCAAAUAUUUUUAAUAUUAAAGUGUAAACGUUGAACUAUUGAACACAAAAUCCAAUUGUACAUAAGUUAUUAUUAUUAUUACUAUUACUACUAAUCAAUACUAAUGACUGUAGUGUUAUUAGUUUAGCCCUGGCCCGACCAAAACCAUCAAAUGCAACUAAUUAGUUUAAAUUAGUAUUAUUUAACUAUUUUAUCAGGCCUAUAUGAAUGAGCUAAUAGUUCUAGUCUAACCCUAAUGCCCUAAUAAUUACAGAUUUUAAAUAAUUAUGCUAGCUUACUGAACUGACUUACUUAGACUUUGUGUGAGUAGUGAAUUACAAAACAAUUACAUUUCUCUAUAAAGUGGUCACGGGGCUGGUGCCAGCCAUUCCAGCUACCACGUAUCUAACCCCGCAGAAGCCAGGUCGCUUAAUCAGAGCCAAACACUCAAUAAACACUGACUUCACCUCUGACAACGCCAUGAACAGUUAUAUCCGGAACAAUGAUAAAUGCUUCACUGUGCCUCUGUGUAAAACAGUUCAUUAUUAACAGUCAUUCUUCCCACGAACAAUAAUUGCUUGGAACCAACUGGACAAUGCCGCCGUGGACUCGAAAUCAAUUGAGAGUUUCAAGGCUGUCCUGGCACCCACUAGGAGCCGUUAGGAUAGCUGCAUCGUUUCCCACACCGUUGCACAUAUGUCAGUACUUGGUUACAGCAACGUAGUCUAUCAGAGUCAGAAACAAGGGCCAACUAUUUAUUACCUAACUAAGCCUAAGCACCUACUUUUUAAAAUAAAAAAAAAUUAAUAACUUCUAUAAAUUAACGAAUAAAGAAAUAUAUAGCAUUGAAAUAUGACAUCGACGUGACGAAGUUCUUUGCCUCUUUAUUAUGACCAAAAUGUGAUGUCCUUGAUAAUUGAAAGUGGGUGAUCGUGACGUCAUGUUGACGUCAGUGGUAAUGGACUGGUUAAGUACCUAGUUAGCCUAGUUACUAGUAGAAGUAGUACUAGCUAGGCCUUUAUCUUUAUUUUUUCAUAGGCUUAGGGUUGGUGCCGGGGGGGGGGGGGGGAAGAUUUUUAGCCUCCAUAAAUUCCAAGAAGUUAGCCCCAAUCGGGAUAAUUAUAAAGUGUGUUUCUUGAAUGCAUGCUUUGGCUUUGUCAAUUAACUUUAGUAGAUGGUAAUUUCACACAUUGCAGAGGCCAUUAUUGUUUUAUUUUCAGCAGGUUAUUUCUUGUAAUAUAAAGAAAAAAGUGCCGCUGUGAGGGGGACCCACCCCACAUACACACACGCACCACUGCUUAUUAAUCUACAUCUUGUUAGGACUGCAUAAAUCCCAAAUCUAAUUUUAUUUAGGCUUACACUUGGACUUAGUGUGUUGUUAAACUCUAGGCUGUUAGAAGUGUAGGCCAACAUCAGACUGGUUAUUUAGUAUGAGUACUGAGUAGACUAAAAGAAUUUUAUUAAUUGAUCCGCCUAUUAUUUUUAGCCGAUUAUUUGAUAAUUAAUUUUUGCCAUAAUCUAUACUCAGCCCUUAGCAUAGGGCAUAAAUAUAAUCACAACAAACAGUAUGAAUUAUUGAAAUGGACAGGCUAAGUCAAGAAGUUAAAAUAUGCUGCAAUUUAGUAUUUACAGGAAAACUAACUACUAACAGACAUUCUAAAGACUGAACCUAAUAUAUCUUUAAAUAGGGAGGCCAUUUCACUGUCCCCCAGACUCUGUUAGGGGCUGAACUGAAGUUUACCAAAAAAAUGAAUGCAUUCCUAAGCACACUGCACAUAUCAUAUUUUAUUGCAAAAAGAAACAGGAAAAAACAAAACAAUAUUUAAAUUAAACAAACAUUUUCAUAAACAUAUUCUUAUUAUUUCAGUGGGUCGUAUUGACCUUUGUUUUUGGCUAAUGAGAUGGUUAGUUUCUGUUUCCCUAUUUGUCACCACUAGCAGUAACAAGUACGGUAUAUUAACUAUGAAAUCUGCUGCAGCUCUAAUUAGUUUGCUUUUGUUUCAUGAAUGAAUAUAAUUAUACCUGCAGGUGGUCGUGGAAAAUGUAUUAAAAGUUCUGACAAUGAAUGGUACACCCCAAAUGAAUUUGAAGCUACUGCUGGGAGAGCUAGUAGCAAAGAUUGGAAGCGUAGUAUAAGAUAUGGUGGUAGAACUCUACAGUGUCUUAUUGAGGAUAACAUUUUGCAACCACAUGCUACAUCCUGCACUUGUGCAUCAUGUUGUGAUGAUGAAGCAGUGGUAAGUUAUGUUAAUAUAUUCAUUUUUUUCUCCAGGUUUGUGGUCAGAUAAAUAAUAGAGGGAGGAGUGAUAAUUAAUAAGCCUUACAAAUUAAAUGUAUAAACGUGGCUUUUUAUUUUUAAAUGAAUGCUCGUGGAUAUGUCUUUUUUUUUUUUUAAUAACUCGACAUUUCAACUAAAUUUCAGACCGGACCUGUCCGUUUGUUUGUGCCUUAUAAACGAAGAAAGAAAGAUAGUGAACCAGAGCCUAUGUUGUCACCCAACAAGAAACCAAGAUUACCAUCUGUUACCCUUAAAUCCCCUAUAACUCCUCAACUGGGACUGGCUGUACCUAAAAUUGAAAUCGACCAAAGUAUGUAUCAAAACUGUUUACAGCCUUGACCUUGUAAUCUAAAACUUUCAAAGUGAAAAAUUAAUAAUGCUAACAACCAUAACAUUUAGACACAAAUAAAAUUACUCUGCAAAGUAAUUGAUGCAACUACUCAUCGCUUGAUAUCCUAAAGAACCAUGUUUCAUGGGAUUUCUUAUUUUCUCAAUGGCUUUUUAAAACAAUUUUUUUUUUUACCUCUUAAAAAGUUAUUUUUUUGAAAUAUUAAAAAUACUUAGUCUCACAUACUUAUUUUCUCUCAGUUUGGAAAGACAAUUUAUACAGUUUUAACUAUUUUUCAGUGAAUUUAUUGUAUUUCAUAGACCGCUGUUUUUUUUUUGUUGUUUUUUUAAUGUUGUGUCCCAUUUCCUUUAAAAUAUGGUUUAAAUUUAGAUGCUACCCAAGUGAUGGUUCCAGUUGUACAAGGGCAUGGUGGAAUACCAACCACAGCCACUGUUCAGAGUGUGUCACUUCACCACACACCAGACAAUAAAGGAGAAAUGGUGCAUAUAGUGGCCACUGAUGCCCAAGGGAAUUUCGUAUCAGGAGGUGGGUGUCUAUAUGGAAUGACUAUUGUGGGACCACAUGAUGAAACUUACCUGAAGUCUGUGGAACAGAAGGCCAUCGCAAGUAUAUCACCUCUUCUAAAACAGCCCUUACCACAAAAUAGUAAAUGAAUAAAUUAGAUGCUAUGUAACUUAUGAAUAAAUUAGAUGCUAUGUAACUUAUGAGUAAAUUUUAACACUGAAAUAUUCACUGCAUAAUGAAUUAAUAACUAAGACAAACUUUGCACCAAUCAUUAAAAAAAGAGUCUACAGUGCAUGUGCAGACAAUGUCAGGUCUGAUAUUUUAUGAUAUGGGUCAUUGAAUCCAGCAUGUAAGAAUACAUUUUGUAUGUACAAGUUUUAAAACAAAACCAAGCAAAAACAUAAAUUAAUUGCAAUAUUUUAUUUAAUGCAGAUGCUGUGGUUAUGACCCCAAUAGCCAUUGCCCAACCCAAUCAAAAGCAAAACCAAAUUGUUACAAUGGAUGUAACAGAACAGAAAAACUGGUGGCAGCUUGAGGAGGUUGGUUUCUUUUAACCAAAUAAUGGUAUUAAAGAGUUUGAGGUUUUUAUUAUUUAGAGUAUUGCAUCUUUUACGUUUUAAAAAUUUUAAAACAUGAAUAAAAUAAAUUUUGAUAUUUUAGGUGUUGAUAUAAAGUUGACCUAAAGUUUUACAAGCUUUUUGUGUCAAUCAUUUACCCUUAUCGACACCAUUGGCUGCGUCCUUUAUCUCAAGGUUAUGUUGGUAGAUGCAUUGCAUGGCUUUAAAACAAAUACUGCUGAAGCUUGCAUGAAAGAUUUUGUUUCAUCUCCAGCUCUAUCUGUAUGGCUUACUCCCUUAGCCUUUGAUUUUUCUCAAGUCACACAUAAUGCAGUUGGCCUAUUUUUCACAGAAGUUGUGGACUUGACCAAAAUUUGAACUUGAAAAAUUGCUCUGCUCGCUUGGUGUUAUCAAGAAGCCUUUUAAUUUUUUUCUUUUCAGGGGACAUGUCUCAACAUAUGUAUGCAUGUGUGUAUUUUUAAAAUUUUUUUUUUUUUUUUUUUUUUUUUAGAUGGCAAACAACUUACUUCAGCAGGCACAGAAAUUAAAAAUAAUGAUAGAGCAAGUUAAGCAACAAAGUUUGAUAGCCAAGGACAACGCUUUACAGAUAUUUUUUAAAAUUUUUUUUUUUUUUUUUUUUUUUUCAGAUGGCAAACAACUUACUUCAGCAGGCACAGCAAUUAAAAAUAAUGAUAGAGCAAGUUAAGCAACAAAGUUUGAUAGCCAAGGACAACGCUUUACAGAUUCAGAGGGCUCAAUUUGAAAAGGAAAAACAAGAUGCAAGUAGAAUUUAAUCUUGAUAUAGGAAAAUAACAAAAGCUUUUUUAAAUUUAGUUUCAAUUAUGUCAAAUGAUUAUAAAAUUCUUGUAAUCAAUCUGGAUUAUUGUGUAAAUUUAAUUUAUACUUACUUAUACUAAUGAUUUUUUUGACCGAUGAAGACAUUUGCUAAAACAUUUGCAUUUGUAUUUUGUGUAAUCAUUAUUAAUGGUUAAUCCAUAUUGUUUUAUUGACACAAAUUGUUUGUGUCUCAUUAAUCUGCUUGAAAGCUGUAUCAGAAUCCAACACCCUUAUAAUUAGUUCAUUGUAUCACUCUACAAUUGUGUAAAUUUUAGAAAAAUUACUGAACUUUUUAAGUAUGUGUUUUUUUUACUUCGAUAUAAUUUCAUGGGCAUGGCAAAGAUUUUUGUCUCAGUCCAAUCAGUACUAUUAGGGUUGAUCUUAUUGAGAGUGUUAUUAGUGUUAUUGAGGGUGGUUGGGUGAAAAGAAAGGGUGGUGGGUGGAUCUGUACCUAGAUUUAAAUUUUUUCUUGCAAAAUUUACUUUCUAGAAAAUUCUUGAUAUUUUAUUUGGCAACAUAUUCUAGUUAAAAGAUAAACAUAUUUUAAAUUUUGUGUGGUUCCUUCAAUCCUUAAUAUUGCCAAUUCUGUUCCUUCAAUCCUUAUGAUUGUUUAUUCUGUUCCUUCAAUCCUUACCACAAUUGUAUAUUCUGUUUCUACAAUCUUUAAAAUUGCUUAUUCUUUUUAACAAUUACUCAAUAUAUUUUCUAAGGCUUUAAAUGCAAGCAGAAUGGAAGCUCAGAUGAAUAUAACACGAGCGAGGAUGGAAGAGAGAGCCCAAAGAGAAAUAUUGGUUCAUCAGGCACUGACAAGGGCUGAUAUACAUGAGAAGAUGGACACCGUUACUGUUCUUACUGAUGAUAAGGUACUGAUAUUAAAUAGUAUUUGAUUUAUUCAUUCAUCAUAGGUCCAGGCUAUGAUCUGUGAUGAGGCUUUCUAAAACGUUACAAAUACAUUAUAUGCCGACCUGUUUACUCUUACGAUUUUGGCGUACUAUGUUCAUUUUUUACUAUUAAGAUAAUGUAUUGAAUAUUGUACGAUUUUAAGAGUUUGGGGGUAUACAGGUAUUGUAUAUACAGGUAUAUGUAUUGUAGUGUAGAGUGCCAUCAUCAAUUACUUAUGGCAUAAAACAAUUAGACCUAAGAAAUCUAAGAUGUUAACUAUUUAAUUGACUGUGCAUAGAGGGGAUUGUGCAUAGAAUUGACUUGUUGAAGUGUGAUGAGCCAUGUCAAGAAUAUAUGGGGGAAAUGUUGUUUAGUGACAGAUAUGUGUGAAAGUAAAUCUUCCUAAUUUAGAAGCAUUAUUUUUGUGCAAUGUGACAUAAGCUUUUGAUUUCAGAACAUCAAAGCCUGUAAUCUUUUGAUUGAAACAACUCUCUUGACAUUUUGGUCUAUUCCUUUUUCUGAGAGUCAACUUUCUCUUGACUUUAAGGGCAAGCAUUGUUUUCAGAAAGUUAUUUUGUAAGAACCUUGUAUAAAAUUUGGUGUUGGCUUUGCAAAAAGCAGUAGGCAAUGAAGUAAAUAUUAAUUGAUAACCAACAUGCUACUCGAUGCUGGAGGACCAGGAGAAUUUUUAAAAUAAAAAUGCUAAUCAGGAUCUGUUUGACUUGGCAAAUGUAUCAUCCAUAAGUUUCUGAAGUGUAAACAUUUAAAGUGGUUGACAUUUUCACUGUUGGUAACUGGCAUUUCCAUGUCUGACUUUUUAUAAACCCCAGAAGGCAAGGAAUUUCUGAAUGCUUUCACUACUUGUUUCUUGCUGUUAACCAGUGUCAUUGGGUCUUAAAUAAACGCUUACUCAUUAAUGUCUCAUAUAAAUAAACCUGUUUCUAUUUAGAUUUCCUUAUGUUAUUUGGGAACUGACCCUAAGGAAAUUAACACAAGUUAAUUUUAUUUAGUUUCAAUUCUGUCAAACAAUUUAUAAAAUUCUUGUAUCACUCUAGAAUUUAUAUAAAUUUUAGUUGCAUUUCAACCAUUGAUGAUUCAAGAUGAGGCUGAAUUAAACAAUGGAUACCCAUUUGAUGAUACUUUAUGCUAAAAAAAUUUUUUUAAUGUUUUUUUUUUUUGCUAAACAGGGGACGUACAAUGUUUCUUGGCCACCAUCAGCAUCAGGAGCAGGAAAUAUUACAAUGGUGAUGUCUCAAGAAGAUGAGGAGGAAGACAAAGAUUCAAAAGACAGAUUGUGAUAUUAAAGGUACGAGGGAAUAACCAAUUUGGCAAACAAGAAUAAGUUGUAUAAAAAGCUGUCUUUUUACCCAAAUUUAAAUAAUUGCAAUUUUAACAUUAUUUAUUAAAUUUUUAAUUUGCAUUUAACCAGUUUCUUCCAGUUUCCAUUUCCUAGUUCCCUGUCCCCACAAUUUAUGAGGUUAUUUCCCUUGGCAUUUCCCUUCAGAAAAACAUCACACCACUUUUUUUUGAAUGUUUGAAGGAACAUUUCAAAAUGAAGUUUAAAUAGAAGUUAGAUUAGUAAAGAUCGGAUUAAUUAUUAUAAUAGACAUUUUUUAAGUUAUGUUUUUUAUUUAAUGUACUUUUUGUUGAGAUCCGAGUUGUUGAAAACCUUUUCAUGGAAAAGAGCCAAAUAUUAAUUUUUUUAAUCUACCGGUAGUUUAAAAAAUUGAAGAGCCACAUUAUUUUAUUUGUUAGGGUUUUAAAAAAAAGCAUCUUUAAACUCUGAUUCACAUUUAUUAUAUUAAUUGUAGUAAUUCUAUUUAUAUCGACCAUAACACCACAGAAGCUUUUAAAUAUUUAAGUAUUGAAGAGCCACAUGAAAAAGCCACAGGUUCCCGACCCCUGCUCUAAACCAUUGAUUACAGAAAUAAUAUUUGUAUCUCAAAGUCAGGAAGAUUAAAAGAAUCUAUAAUGUACAAUUUUGUUCAAUGAAAAUUUAAAUUUGUAGUGUAGGUUUAUCUUGAUUGAAAAAUCAUACAUCUUAAAGUGACGCUAAUGUUUCAUAGAUGGUUUUUUAAUUGCAUCUAUUGGGUCUGAGAAUGGCAGUUUGAAAAUUUGAGGGCAACUCUGAUCUACUUUUUUUAAAGUUUUGUUUGGAUUAUUGUAGAUCAUGCCUUUACAUUUGAGUGAUAUUUCAGAACAUUAUGUACUACUAUUGUAUUACAUUUAUAUAUUAACUGUAGAGCUAAUCUUUGGCAUGCUAAGAUUACUUAGCCAUCAUUGUUAUGUAGCUUAUUUUCACAAAGCCAUCACCAUGGUUUCCCUUCAGCGGUCAACCUGCGUUUCCUUUCUCUAACUCCAUUUUUUUUCAUUAUUAGACGCACUAACUUUUUUUUAUAUUUUAAAGUGAUUUUGAUUAUCAAUGAACUGAAUUUCAGAAAGACUAUUUAACUUAAGGAAACCUUUGUUGUUAGACAGAAUCCAUUAUAAGACCAAAUCAGAAAUUCUAACUGGUUAGUAAUUAGAAUAGGGCAUGACAAGGUUGAUUUUUGAAUGAAUAAUCAAAGGAAAUAAUUUUUGGGGUGAAUGAGAAAAAUGCAAACUGCGAUACAAAAUGUAAUCGACGCUUAAAGUAGCAGUGGAUUAUAAUUUAUGGUUACCGGAAAUUUGUUUGAAAGAAAUUUCGUUGAAAGAAAGUUGAUUGACGGAAGUUUGGUCUAAUUAUUUUUUCAGUUCACACAAUCAAAUUUUCUUUUUGAAUGCUCUAUAUUACAAGUAAAACAAAAUAGUGCGUUCAAAAAGAAAUUUGAAGCAAAAUUUUAACGUGUGAGUGGGAAAAAAGAUUCAACCAAACUUCCGUUCGAUCAAAUUUACAUCAAUCGAUUUUCCAUCUACGAAAUUUCUUUCAAACAAAUAUCUGGAUACUGUAAUUUAUAUUAUAAAUGACAGAAUUCAGAUGUUGUCCUUUAAACUAUUAUCUUUCUAUUUCCAAACUAGGAGCAUCCUCACUUAAUUUUUGCUUUGAACCAUUUAAGCCUCGUCUGUGUGUCCGAGUAAUUGUAAUCCUAUUUUAUGGAUAAGAUUGGUUUUGAGGAUGCCGGCUAUUUGAAAUGUGAGACUUAGCUUUAAAAUGUUUAUAUGCAAUGGAUGCGGUAACUUUAAAAUGAUGGUUGG